AACUUCCAAGCUGUCAGAAGUCACGUCGCAGUUUUCGCGUUUUCCAAGCUGAUAAAAUCACCCAAAAGUGUCUCAUCCGGGCAUCUUUCGCGUGAUUUAAGUGGUGUGUGACACGGACUGUCUGCGCAGUUGCUCAAGCGUGCCGCGAAGGAGUGUUGUGCGUUUCUGUACGGAAUCCGGCUUCCCUCCAGCACAGCAUCAGAUUGUUGACGGUUCAUUGAAGUGAAUUGAUCGGCUUCCAAGAUGGGAAAUGUCUUUGCGAAUCUAUUCAAGGGAUUAUUUGGGAAAAAGGAGAUGCGGAUAUUGAUGGUGGGAUUGGAUGCAGCUGGUAAAACUACAAUUCUGUACAAACUUAAAUUAGGUGAAAUUGUUACAACGAUUCCCACAAUUGGUUUCAACGUCGAGACUGUAGAAUACAAGAAUAUUAGCUUCACAGUAUGGGAUGUUGGCGGCCAGGACAAGAUUCGGCCACUGUGGCGGCAUUAUUUCCAGAAUACACAAGGUCUCAUAUUUGUGGUGGACAGCAAUGAUCGGGAGCGUAUUGGUGAGGCCAGGGAAGAGUUGAUGCGCAUGUUGGCUGAGGAUGAGCUUCGAGAUGCAGUUCUGCUUAUAUUCGCCAACAAACAGGAUCUGCCAAAUGCAAUGAAUGCCGCGGAGAUCACUGACAAGCUAGGACUGCAUUCCCUGAGAAAUCGCAAUUGGUACAUCCAGGCAACGUGUGCAACGAGUGGCGAUGGUCUGUAUGAGGGUCUCGAUUGGCUGUCCAAUCAGCUGAAGAAUGCCAAUCGCUAAACAAUUUGCGCGAAAUGUGGGGAAAUCGCACGCAAGAGAGAGAGACAUAUUUUUUCAGAUAUAAAAAGGACGGAAGAUGAUUAAAGUGUAAAAUUUUCAUUAAAAAAAAAGAGAG